CCCUCAGCAGGUUGCAUGCAUGCAUGCAUGGAUGGAAGGAUGGGUGGAUGUCCCUCUCACGCCUCUUAGACAUCAUCAGCAUUUACACAUCAUUUAAAGAACUCGUUUAAAAUAUUUCGACCGACCUGUUCAUCUCGUUUGUGAAAUAAUCUCCGGGUGUAAAGCUUCGGUCAUGUGAAAGCGAAAGCGAGGAGACGAACCACAGCAUCCGGAAUCUGUCAAGCUAGCAGCCGUUGAGGAAAUGAGCGAGGACGACAUCGGCAUCACGGCCGACAUGGCUGAAGUUAGCCGCGUGCAGUACGAGCUGGACUACACCGAGGGCAUCAGCCUGCAGAUGAGGAUCCCGGACAGGCUGAAAGUCGGACCGGACUCGUCCAUGGACCAGCCUUCACCGUUCCUCCAGGAAUCCCACAGCACCUUGAUGCAGGUUCCGGACAGGAUCAUAGUGGCAGGAGAUGAUGCUGAUCUUCACUUCAGGCCACGAGAGCUCGAUCUGAUCCAGUCCAUCCCCGUGGAGAGCGUGGAGCUGAAGGCUCCUCCACAUGUUCUCACUCUCCAGGACCAGCCUCUGGACUUCCUGGAGCCGGAGCAGCAGGCAGAACCUCCACAGCUUAAAGAGGAGAUACGCUUUCGCAUGAGAUCCCGGCGUGACCGUUGCACCGGUGAGACUUCAGGAGCACGUCAGAAUGGCCAGAUCAUCAAAUACGACACCGUGAGCCCGUCUCCCAUCGCUCCUGUGCGUGUUUGUCGCCCUCUCAUGUCCUCCGGGGACUGGCCGAGCGUGGGCACUGUGGGCGGAGUCAUCUCCUACAUCCAGCUCACCACACGCCGGGCCUACGAGCACGUCCUGGCCAUGCUGGACGACUCGCACCGCAGGACCGCACUCGUGACUCUGGACGCUAUUUCAGAAGGAACCCCUGAUGACCUGGUGUUAGCCGACGCCCCAGCACUGAGACGACAGAUCGUGAAGCUGAACCGCAGACUGCAGGCUCUGGAGCAGGAGCAUAAAGAGCGAGCGAGGAGGGAGAUGGUGGUCUACUCCCUGACCGUCGCUUUCUGGCUGGUCAACGCCUGGAUGUGGGUACGCCGCUGACCGCUGGCACCGUCUCCUCCAUCCUCUCAUCAUCUCAGGCUGCGUCUAAUCUGACCCUCAGAUUUUGUAUAUAUCUCCAUCAGAUAUCCCUUGGAUAUUCUUCCUAAAGUCUAAACUCGGACCCGAGGCCAAAAUUAGCUAGAAAAUAGCUCCGUAAAAUUAUAACCAUCCGUCCAGACAAUAUAAUAUGAGCAAAAAAAAAGAGAGGGUGCCAAUAGUUUUGAGUAAACAGAGCUCUAUGGAUAAAUUUCAAAUUUGUAAAUAAACUUGUCUUCGUGUACAAAUAAAUAAAUAAUAAUAAUCACUUCCUGUA